CCAUUUUUUACUAAAGGCAUCCGUGUUGAUUUAUGGUACGGAUUUCGCUUUUGUUCCCAGUCUGUUUACUGAGUUCAAAAUAGACAAGUCAAUUUAGAUAAGUCGUGGGGUGGCUGCCGGUUACACACCAUUCAAUCAAAUGCUUUAUUUCUGCCUCGGUUCUUGUAAAUUACACACACGCUUUCUCGUUUAGACUGAUAUAUGGCUGUCGAUAAAGGAAGCUAGUAGACAAUCAUGUUGUCUGAGCAGCAGUUGACCCUUUCACCAUCGGUAUGAUCAUCAAGUUGUAGAGGAAACGUUGCACUUAAUUGACUAAAUGUCUGUUUGAUUCAAAACAAUGGAGUUAACGGACGUAUUCGUGUUGAACACAAGGAUUCUAUAGGUCUGUCGCAUUGAUUUGAUCAACACUUUUCAAAGAACCAUUGAUUUGUACAAAGGAUAGAUACUUAGGCGUUUAGAUAUCAACGAGUACGUAUAUUUGCCUGACGUCACAAUGAUGACAUCCCUAAAGUCUAAUGGAUCAUCCGCAAAUUUUACUCUUUUGAAGAACAUGCCGAAUUCAGAAGAGGGUGUAUAACGAGGAUUCACCUAAAGAACUUACAUCGUUUCCCGUCAUUGCGGACGAAGUAAUCGUUUUAAUAAAGUGAAGUUUUGUGUAAAAAGUAUCAACUAUGGAGCCAGUAGCCAAUGUGACUUUGAACGGUUCUGAUAUGGAUGCAGUGAGCCGCCCUUUCAAUAUAGCCACGGUAACCCUGGCUGCAAUUGCAGCAGGUUUUGCCAGUCUGUUCACCGUGGCAGGAAACCUUCUGGUCAUCAUUGCCUUUGCGCGAGAGCGUCGUUUACGCAUCAUCGGCAAUUACUUUGUUUUAAGCAUGGCUGUGGCUGAUGCUUUGGUGGGUUUGAUCUCCAUGCCAUUCUAUACUACAUAUCUUCUGCUAGGUGAGUGGCCAAUGGGUCCUCAUGUAUGUGAUGUAUGGUUGUCAUUAGACUAUGUCUGCUGCGCUGCAUCGGUACUUGGUAUCUUCCUUAUUAGUGUCGACCGAUACAGGUCACUGUCUGCUCCUAUGACCUACCGACAUCAAAUGACUCGACCACGAGCAAUGGCCCUCAUUCUGGCAACUUGGGUUAUUUCAUUACUCCUCUUUGGUGUGCCCAUAAUCGGAUGGCAGUAUUUUGAAGGAAACAGAACGGUAGCAUUAAAUAUGUGCGAUGUUCAAUUUGUAAAUAAUCCGUACUUCACUGCAGGAUCAAUUAUUUUGAUAUACUGGAUGCCAUUGUUUGUGAUCCUGGUAUUAUAUACUCGCAUUUACCUCUUAACGCGUAAACUGACGCGAAGUCAGGCAAGGCUAAUUGGCAGGCUCAGUAUGCGCACCAAAAAGAAGAGGCGAAGUCGGACGGAAACGAACGCAACGAUGACCGAUGUGUUUCCUUCGCGAACAGAGAAUGGAACACAUCGAGUGUCCGGUCCAACAGACUCUGAUGAUACUCCACAGGAUCCGGGUCCUUAUGUACCUGAUACGGCUUCUUCUGAGAUGGGCAAGGAGUAUGAUACUAUUAGUCCCUUGCCACAGAGGUGUAACUCGGCAGAUGAGAGUGAUGACUUCGACGUCAAUAGCAACGGUGGAGAUAAAACUCCUGACAAUUAUAACAAGAAAGCAAAUUGGGCAACAUCUAUGCGCAGUGACAAUAAUUCUGUAUAUUCGGACUGUGACGCCGAGACUCAUCCUAUGAAACGACCAAACAGCUGCUCAUCCCUCAAUUCUGAUCGCAAGGGUCUUAAAUCAGCAAUGAGCAACUUCAAGCACAAGGAUCAUCAUCUAGGCAAGGCACUCUCAUCUGUCUUGGUUAAUUUACGUGAAGCAAAAGCUGUCAGAACCCUGAGCACCAUUUUAGGCUUCUUUAUUCUGUGCUGGACACCUUAUAGUAUCUUGAUCAUCGUCAAGGGUUUCUGUAACCCUUGUGUGAAUGACAGCCUUUUUUCUUUUAGCUACUUCCUCUGUUAUAUUAAUAGUACUUUAAACCCUGUGUGUUACGCAUUUGCUAAUCGAGACUUUAAAAUCGCUUUCAAGAAAAUUCUUACAUGCGGCAAACGUCGUUACGAGUGGAAAGAUGUCUUCUGAGACAGAACAAACGCUCGUUCCAUCGUACGUCCGUUUGUCUAAUGGAGUUGCGGCCGACAAGAGAAAAAAGAAACGUUGCCAGGGUUCUGGUGUGGGUCUUCCUCUUACGCUUAAAUCCAAUUGGAGGUAAGGACUAAGUGAAUUAGAAAUGGAGCGCUUGAAGUCGAAGCUGGGAGGGUAGGAUUGAUACAGACCAUGAAGAAUAAGGCCAUCUGGGAGUAGAUCGUGUACUAGUAUGCGCUCAGCAAAGAAAAUCACUCAAUCCCUUGGAGGAAUCAACCCACAGUCAUACAGAAUCUCAAGUGGAACUGGGAAUGGGUUUAACUGAACUAUCCAAUAUGCGUGUUUAUCCUGACGAGAGGCUAAAAGGAGAUAUCUUUUACAAUGGAGAACUGUGUCCUUUUAGGAUUCCAGGAUUUCAGAAUUUCCGUCACGUCGCCAGCUGUGUAGAGUAUUUUGAUCAAAGUAAAGAACGACAGGUCACAAGCGCCGUGACUUAAAGAUAAAGUUGAGUUCUGGUCAUGCGAUUGCAUUGUGAAAAAAAAAACGGUGUGGAAUCUAUCAGAAAAGGUUGAUUAU